AUGAGUCGGAGCAUUUCCCCAGAACGUUUUUCCGACAACACAAGGUUUCGGAAGUAUAGUGAUUUCCUUUUGCCGAGGUCAAUUUCUCACUCGGUCGGCCGAGAACAUCGGAAGUUGUAUCCGUUUGAUGUGACCUGCUCCUCCGCUCGCAGUCCUCGAGUGACACCAGACUCUGUGCAAUUUCCACUAAAUCCACCAGCAUCACAAUCACUGGGAGCUGAAGCCAGUCCUCAUCAAAGCGAACGAAGACCAGCCACAGACAGACUUUCAAGUUCCAACGUUAAUCCUUGGAGGAAGUUACGGAAUGCGCUUUUGGUUACAUCGUCGGCUGUGUCGUCUAUUCGAAGGAACAGGGCCUCUCGGCAGAGCAAUAGCGCCUUCUUAGACUACUUUUCUCCUCAAAAACAUCCUAGAGAGAACUGCUAUUUUCACUACACCAAUGACCACCAAAUCGUUGAUCAGUCUACUCCAAAUAGCGGAACCGAAAAUCGGUUCUCGUUUGAGGGGUUUACUAAACUCACGGAACCAUCAGCAUCCCCUGAAGAAGGAGAAGAAAUCCAGCAAAGGAGUCCUUCUGAUUCUGUUAGCCCUUUUCCUGAGAUUAAUAAAUGUGACGCGGAAUCACAGUCUCAAGUUCUAAUUCCCGGGAAGAGCCUUAAUAAAUCACUCCAGAAAACCGCCUCUUCAUCUCAAAGUGUAUCGAUUCCAUUGGAGGAAUGGAGCGACCUUAAGGUCGACGGCACUUCACAGGGAAUAACGUCGGAGUCGAGGGUUAAAAGUCGGUAUCUUAAUCACACACGUCGAUUCUGUUCACACUUAACCCGACACUUUCGUCAUGCAAGAUCAGCCGACAGUUGUUAUGCCAACGCCUCAUUUGAAAGGCAACGGCCCUUUGAGCAGUUAAAGCCUGUCAAGUUUUUUUGCAAUCCGCAGGGGAGGUUUAUGUUUGUAUGGCUGGGAAUUGUGGCGCUGGCUACAGUGUAUAACUUCUGGACGGCGAUAAUGCGCCAGGCAUUUCAUGAAAUACAGCAUGGUAGGACAGCGUUGUGGAUAAGUUUGGACGGAAUAGCAGAUCUCAUUUACCUAGCCGAUAUUAUGGUCCAACUCAGAACAAGCUACCUGGAAAAGGGAUUAGUUGUCAGAGAUGCCCGCAAAAUUGCAACUCGCUACCUCUGGUCAAGAAGAUUUGCAUGUGAUGGCCUUGCACUCCUGCCCUUUGACCUUUUCCAGUCAAUUACAGGCAUUCAGCCCCUGCUUAGAUUCCCUCGUUUCCUAAAGUGUUUUCGUGCCUGGCAUUGGAAGGUCAUGGUUGAAAAUCGGACCACAUACCCAAAUGCCUGGCGUGUACUAACACUGACGCAUGUUUUAUUUCUUGGAUGCCAUUGGUUUGCUUCCAUCUAUUACAUGUUGUCAGUGAGCGGUCAUUUCAAGGAUCCCUGGGGCUAUCCACCGCCCACAACACCGGAGUUGCAAUCCUUACUGAGAAAAUACCUUCAGUCCUUUUAUUGGGCUACCGUGACUCUGACGACAAUUGGGGACAUUUCUGAACCAUCACAAACAUUCCAGUAA